AUGGAGUUGUAUCUUGUACUGGUUUUUCUCCUUCCGACAACACAAGGAGACACACAGAGCGGAAGUUGUAAAGACAUGUUACAGGGUUUUCUAACAGGACAACUGUCGUCUGUUCUAGAAACUCAUCAGGUAGAAGCUUUAAGGCGGGAAUUCAAAAACUUCACUGAAGUCAUCGAGAAUUCUAUGAAAAAGUUGAAGGAGCAAGUGAUCGCUUGCAAUCAGGAUGAAGGUACAGAGAACAGAAAAAUUAUUUACACAAGAUGGGGAAAGAAGACGUGUCCCUCCAAGGCGAACCUAGUUUAUUCCGGAUUCGCCGGGGGAUCAUAUUAUGAUCAUAUAGGAGCAGCUGCAGAUCCUCUUUGUUUACCAAGAGAUCCAGAGUGGGGAAUCUACAGGGAUGGAACUGAUGGAGAUAAGGCUUAUGUAUACGGUGCAGAGUAUGAAACUGACACCUACAAGCACUUUACCUCUCUCCAAUACCAUGACGUACCAUGUGCUGUCUGCCUUGUUCAAAAUAGGUCUGUUGUAAAAAUUUUUCCAGCACGAAAAACAUGCUACAAAGGCUGGAACCUGGAAUACUACGGCUACCUCAUGGCUGGGUAUUGGAAUCAUAAGGGUGCUACAAGUUACAAGUGUGUAGACAAGGAUCCAGACACUUUGCAUGGCGGUCAUGCUAAAAGAUAUGGCAACCUAUUUUACUUUGUAGAAGGUCGCUGUGGCUCGUUGAAAUGUCCACCUUAUGUUGAGGGAAGAGAACUAAUGUGCGUUGUUUGUUCCAAAAAAUAA